GUCUGGUGCAAGUUCAUGGAGUUGAUAUUUACAGAAAGUAUACUUGUUUAAUCACUGGUAGGUUUCUUGAUGUUGAAAGGACUGCAAUAUGUGAACCACAGAUUAUAUCACUUCAACAAUAAGAAAACAUGGAAUGGCGUCUUCGACGAAGUAACAGAUCCAGACGAGAUUAGCAUGAGAAAGACUGAUGAAGUUAUUGUAAUCGCCACGGAUCGAGGUGGGGUCCAAAAUUUUUAGCCCGACAUGAGUGAACUCAUUCAAGUUGUCCAGGAAUUCCACAACAAGUUAAAGUUUGGAACUUUUACUGUAAACAGGUAUUCCUCAGAUAUGCAGGAUGAUGAAAAUAACAAUGUGAACAAAGCGUCAAGUUCCGACACAGGAAGGACAUACUUUGAUGUGAUAAUGUCCAAUACCAGACACUUAAACUACAAAAAACCCUAUUCAAAUGAAUGAGGAAGCUACUCGCUUUACAGGGUUGCAAAAACUCAGUUCUAGUGGGACAGAAUGUUUGGAUGUCACCGUUGAUUGUACAGACUGUGCCAAACCCAGAUGCAUCUACUCCAAAGUAAAACUGACUCCCAGAGAAGUGAGAACUCUGAAGUUGCUGCUUAAUUCUCAUGAUUACAGCUGUAGGGCUGUCAUUACUACUGAUGGUCAUAUUCUACAAGUCAUAUUCUACAAGUCAUAUUCUACAAGGGAAAGUCUUUGUGAAACUGCAACUCAAUUGCCAGUCACCCAUAGAAUUUGGAUAUUAUUCUUCUGGUAUAGGUAAAGCAGAUAUCUGCUGCUACUGCACAGCUCAAGGUAUCCAGCAAGACAAGGAGUUAAAGAAACAAUUUCGGGUUGUCCUACCAGUGUGUCAAGCUUGCCUGGAUGAUAACAAACCAAUGUUGAAAAGAAAUCCAAUUAGAAAGUGAACUGACUGUUAUAAACAUAUGUAUAUUCAAUUUUUGUCUCUGUUAGAAGCAUCUGACAAUUAUAGAGAAACAUGCAUUUGAACAUUGACGUUUUCUUUGCAGACAUAGUUCUCAGUAUUUCUAAGUUCUAGUCAUUGUUAUGUUGUGUUUUUGUCUAUACAAUAUUAAAAUUCAGUUUCUAAA